AUGAAGUUCUCUGCCUCUCAUCCUUGGUUCCUUCUAUUCAAUCUGGGUGCAAUAGGCUUAACCAUCUGCGUAUUAUCAGGGUGUCGAACUUCAUCCGAAUCGAAAUAUUAUUUGUACCGAGCAGAUGGCCCUAACUUAACGCAUGCUAUGGAUAGCAACUGCACAUCAUGCAAUUUUAGUACUGUGCCGGACAUCUACAUGUUUGGGCUUUCUGGCGUUUGUCGGUCGACGAAUAAAACCAUAAACUGUCAGCGCAACUUCCUACAUUCAUUCAACAUCUCCGCAGCUACCUUUGCCGAUAUCGCGCCUUCCAACACGUCUGAAUUCACCAGCGCAGCGUCCAUCAACCACUCUCUUGUUCGCCGCCUCUCAGACGCUGUCGGCGCCAUCCUGAUUCUUUCUGUUAUCCUCAGCUUUUCUUUCAUCCCUCUCAGCCUCUCCCUCGAGUCAGGUUUCAGUAAAAUCCUACUCAUUUUUCUCGCCUUCGAUGCCUGUGCGCUCUUCUCUGCCUUGUGCAUGAUUUACUCCAUCUUUAGGAACGAAAUCGCGGGCGCCUAUGCUGCUACACCAAACGUGGAUCCAAUAAACUGGCCCGUGAGUUUCGGCCUUGGAGUUUGGUUGCUGGCAGGGGCUUUUGGGUGUCGGCUGUUGUCGAAUCCCAUUUUGUUUAUCGGUUUUGUGGCGCUUUUGCUCGCAGUUGUUCUGAUACCGAUUGCGAUAUUGUUGGCGUGCUGCUGUGGAGGAGCUGAAUAUGAGGUUAUCGUUGUGCCUCUUUCCGAUUUUGUUGUAUGAUCGAUGGGAAGGAAGAUGACGCCGUUUGUUUCUCGGUCUUUGGCUGUUAAGGUGGGGGAACCUCCUAAAGUGGGGGUGGUACUAGGUGAUCUGAGAUAUUUUCGGCUAAAUAUUGGGGAUAUAGCGUUCAGUGAGGUAUCACAGAGCAAAUUU